GCAAACAGAUUAUUUCCAAUUUUGAUUGGUUUUCUACUCUUACAAUGUGAAGGAACUCCAACUAAGCGAGAGGAAAUUGAUGCAUUGAAUGCUAUAAUAGAAUCGCUUCAAUCUGAAUUAAAACAAGUACCUACCUCGUGUUCUGUCUAUUCCAAUUCAUAUGCACUUCAAACCAUAAGAGUACCCAACUGGAAAACGACUCAGCUGGUUUGCCUUCCUGAAGGCUGGACUCUCAUCCAGAAACGUUUCAAUGAUCAAGUUGAUUUCAAUGUCACUUGGUCUUUAUAUAAAGAUGGUUUUGGUUAUCUAUCUGAUGAAUUUUUUCUUGGCUUGGAAGCCAUACACAAAAUAACAACAUCUGAGCCACAUGAACUAUAUAUACAUCUGGAGGAUCAUGACAAUGCGACGGCAUAUAUCCGAUAUGAUAACUUUGCCAUUGGUGGCGAGGAGACGGGCUAUGUGCUGAAAUCUUUGGGUGCCUAUUCAGGCGAAGCUGGUGAUUCUAUGUCGGAAAGUGUGGGUCACAUGUUUACCACAUGGGAUCGUGAUAAUGACAAUUGGCUGGGCUAUAACUGUGCUCGAGAAAUGGGAGGUGGUUGGUGGUACUCGAAUUGUGGCAAAAGCAACCUGAAUGGUCCCUAUGUAGAAGACUUUGGUCUCACUUGGCAUACAUGGCGCAAAUUUAAAUCAAUCAAGGCCACAGAAAUGAUGAUUCGCCGCAAGUCUAUAAUAUUGUAAUACAAAUAAAUUAGCAUUAUCUUUUAGCUACCUCA